AAAAUUGAAAUCAGCAAUUUGAUCCGAGGGCUUAAGAAAAGACUGUCAUCGGGCGAAAGUGCUCUCCCCAGCCAUAUUAGAAACAUCGCCGGAGCCAGCUCGGAGGGAGAGAAAUGGCGUCAUGGAAUUCAAUUCCACUCGAAAUCACAUACGAAACCUUUGGAUGGAUCGCCUUCUUUUCUUGGUCCAUCAGUUUCUAUCCUCAAAUUAUCUUGAAUUUCCGCCGGAAAAGCGUGGUGGGUUUGAACUUCGAUUUCGUGAUGUUGAAUUUGACCAAACACUCCUCCUAUUUGAUUUACAACGCUUCUCUUUACUUCAGCUCUGCUAUUCAGAAGCAGUAUUUCGACAAGUAUGGCUACGGAGAGAUGAUACCUGUAGCUGCAAAUGAUGUUGCCUUUUCAAUGCAUGCUGUUCUGUUGACAGCAAUUACAUUGCUCCAAAUUGCAAUCUAUGAUCGUGGCAAUCAAAAGGUCUCUAAGAUUGCUAUAGCAAUUGUCUGUGCUGUUUGGCUAGUUGCAGCUGUUUGUUUUUUCAUAGCUUUGCCUAGCCACUCUUGGUUGUGGUUGAUCUCAAUCUUCAACUCAAUUCAAGUUUUUAUGACAGUCAUCAAGUAUAUUCCCCAGGCAGUAAUGAACUUCAUGCGAAAGAGCACUGACGGCUUCAGCAUUGGGAACAUUUUGCUUGACUUUCUUGGAGGCAUAGCAAAUUAUGCCCAAAUGGCUGUUCAGUCUAUAGACCAAAAUUCUUGGGUGAACUUUUAUGGCAACAUAGGGAAGACAUUGCUGUCUUUGGUCUCUGUAUUCUUCGACCUCCUUUUCAUGUUUCAGCAUUAUAUAUUAUAUCCUGCCAAGAAAGCGCACAUCUCUCCCAAGCCAAAUGAAGAGGGGGCAGAGCCGCUUGUUAAGUCUGCCGAUGACCCAUCAUCAGAAAAUGUGUAAGGCUUACCUUGGCCGAUAACAUUAGAAAUAAACAUAUAGAUUUGUGUAAAGAUAGUCAACAUUGAUGCUGUUUCUUUAUCUUGUAUUUGCCUGUUGUACAAGAACAAAUGCAUCCAUAGUCAUUGAAUUAUAAGUAGCUGAAAGAUAAAGUAUUUAUGUAAAUGUAAGAGCUGUUUCUUCCAUAAGUAUUUCAAAGUUUUGUUUUUACUUA